AUGACCGCUUGCAACUCUAGUAGACAGACGAGGGUGUGUGAAGCUUUCGUUGAGUUCAAAUCUCGCGCUGCAGGGGAGACGGCAUACGAAUGGAGUGAGCCCGUCAAGUUGUUCUUCACUUACCCGUACAAGCUCUUCAUACCGCAUCCGAGAGUGAGGAAAGGAGAACCUACUCGGUGGGUCUAUCCUGUCGUUUUCGGGGGCGGCUUAGUUUCGGGCGAUUCUUUGGAAUUCAAAAUCAAGUGCGGUACGGGAUCGUCGAUUUUAUUGACGUCGCAAGCCUUCAACAAAGUGUACAAGUCGCUCAGGAGCGGCGUCUGCCGGCAAAUCAACGAUUUCACCGUGGAGAGGAACUCUUUGCUUUCCGUUCUGCCUGAUUUGAUGGUCUGUUUUGCCGAAUCCAAGUACACUCAAACCCAGAAAAUUCGCCUCCGAGAUCCGACUUCGAGCAUCGUUUACCUCGACUGGUUCUCGUCGGGUCGGAUUGCUUACCAAGAACGAUGGCAAUUCGCUUAUUUGCACACCCUACUCGAAAUUUACUUGGGCGAAGAGCUCGUCCUGCGUGAAAACCUCGUCCUUGAAAAGGUCGACGGUCUGAGCAUAUCGGAUCGCAUGAAAAACUUCGACGUUUUCGGUCUAUUGAUAAUUUACGGUGGAACGACCCUCGUGAAAGAGCUCAAGACGAGUGUACUCACAGAGCUCUCCAAGCGCGAAGAGUACGGUGUAGCAGCUGAAAGUCAGAAUGUGUUCUGCACUUCGUUGACGAAGCACGAAAUCGGGGUCGUGAGAUUCAUAUGUGCCGAUUCAAGAGCGGCCUACAGUCGGAUCGAGAAGCUAUUGACUCCCAUGUUCGAGACCUAUGGCGGCAAUCCUUUCUUCAAUAAAUACUAG